CUGCCGUCACGCGUUUACGGAAGCCCAAGUGGUACGGCCCAGUCACUUCCUUCCUGCUUCUUCUUUCUUUCUCAUUACAAAGAGGGACCUUGUCCAUCAUCAACCACGUCGUUGACUAAUCUCCCUCUUCAGGAGAACAAGAAGAAGUUAAAGAUGAAUGAUCUGUUCUCGGGGUCGUUCUCGCGGUUCCGUAGCGAACCGGACAACAACGACGAGCACGUUAUCGAGAUGUCAUCGGCGACCGGCACCGGCACCGGAGUCAAUUUGGAUAAGUUCUUCGGCGACGUGGAGUCCGUCAAGGACGAGCUGAAGGAGCUGGAGCGCAUCCACCAGAACCUCCAGGCGGCUCACGAGCAGAGCAAGACGCUCCACAACGCCAACACCGUCAAGGACCUCCGAUCUCGGAUGGACGGUGACGUCACUCUCGCUCUCAAGAAGGCCAAAGUGAUCAAGGUCCGCCUCGAGGCCUUGGAUCGGUCCAACGCCGCCAAUAGGAGCCAGCCGGGCUGCGGGCCGGGGUCGUCGUCUGACCGGACCAGGAUCUCCGUCGUCAACGGCCUCCGGAAGAAGCUGAAAGACUCCAUGGAGAGCUUCAACUCGCUCCGCCAGAAGAUCUCUCUAGAGUACAGAGAGACCGUGCAGAGGAGAUACUACACGGUCUCCGGCGAGAAUCCCGACGAGAAAACUCUCGACCUGUUAAUUUCCACCGGCCAGAGUGAAACGUUUCUGCAGAAGGCGAUCCAGGAGCAAGGCCGGGGACAGGUGCUGGACACGAUCAACGAGAUCCAGGAGCGGCACGACGCUGUGAAAGACAUGGAGAAGAAUCUGCACGAGCUGCACCAGGUGUUCCUCGACAUGGCGGUGUUGGUCCAAGCUCAAGGGGAGCAGCUGGACGACAUAGAGAGCCAUGUGCAGAGAGCCAGCUCGUUCGUCAGGGGAGGGACGCAGGAGCUGGGCAAGGCCAAGGUGUACCAGAGGAACACCCGCAAGUGGACUUGCUAUUUAAUCAUACUGUUGUUGGUGAUUGCUUUGAUCAUCAUUUUGAGUUUGAAGCCGUGGAAUUGAACCAGUAUGUUGUUCACAUCGAAGUGUUUAAUCUGGGCACAAGUGUUUAAUACGCCAUGGCAAUUUUCAUUUGCAAUCCAAAAAUCAGGCGAGAUGGUGGCCGUCGAUAAGCACUUGAAGCGGAGUUUGUCAACAAUAUGUUUUAUUUUUUAUUUUGUUAAAUGAAAAAUGAAAAAUAGAAAAUAAUGUUUGAGUUUUUAUAAUCAAGAAAUAAAUAUUUUUUAUUUUAAUAAUUAAAAUGAUGAAAA